AAAGAAAAAUGCAAAUAUCGAAACAUAUAACUUAGAAUUAUAAUAUUUACUAUAAGCAACAGGUGUUAAUGUUGUUCUUAUUUGCUUGUGAAAAUUCAAAAAAUAUCCUAAAUUAUAUGUAUCCGCGGUUCACAUAAUUGGUGCUGAUGUUAAUUAAUUCAAACCAAUAUUAUAAAAUUAAUAAAGUGGCUUCCGUUUUUUAAAGAAAACAUGUUAGCAAUAAAAAUUUUCCAAGUAAUUGUGUUUAUUUUUGGUUUUUCAAGAAUAACCUUUGGGCAAAAUAAAGAAAAUAACGGUCAAUAUCCUGAAACAAAGAAUUUGAAAUCAGAGUAUGACUUCAUUAUUGUAGGAGGAGGCACAGCAGGUUCGGUAUUAGCAAACCGUUUAAGUGAAAUAUCAAAUUGGGAUGUUUUAUUAAUUGAAGCUGGUGGAGUAGAAAAUAAAGAUGUUACGGAUAUUCCAGGAUAUCGAGAUGUUAUCCAUACAAAUAUUGAUUGGAACUUUACAACCGUGCCUAAUAGUAGAUAUGGAUUUAGUUUAGUAAAUAAUUCGAUUAUAGUUUGUCGUGGAAAAGUUCUUGGUGGUACAAGUGUCACGAAUUUAUUGGUUCAUACUCGUGGAAAUUCUGACGACUACGAUCGUUGGGAGAAAAUAUAUAAAAAUCCAGGUUGGUCUUGGCAGAACGUUGAAAGAUAUUUUAAAAAAUUUGAAGAUUAUGAUGUACAAGAUGAUACGACAACAUCAAAUUAUUUUGGAAAAGGUGGUCCUGUACAUAUAGAACGUAAUUCAUUUUAUAACAAAAUAACUCCAGCUUUCAUAAAAGCAGCACAAGAUACAGGUUUGAAUUUAACAGAUAUAAAUGGACCAAAUCCUAUUGGUGUUGGUACAACUGUAUUAACCAGAAAAAACGGAUAUAGAGUAACUACUUAUAACGCGUACUUGGUACCAAUUCGUCGAAGCAACUUACAUUUAAAACUUAAUUGUCUGGUUACAAAAGUUUUAAUUGAAAAUAAAACAGCAAAUGGAAUUUCUAUGGCAUGUAGUGAUGGAAAUUUUAUAAUAAAAGCUCGCAAGGAAGUAGUUUUAUCAGCUGGUUCUAUAAAAUCUCCUCAACUUCUUAUGCUGUCUGGAAUUGGACCGAAAGAACAUUUAACAGAACAUGGAAUAGCUCUUAUUAAAAAUUUACCAGUGGGUGAUAAUUUAAUGGAUCAUGUAACUUUAGUUGGUUUGCAAUUUUCAGUAAAUCAAAGUACAAAUUCAUUCUCUAAUACUUAUUUAAGUACGUUAAAUCAAGUGUUAGAGUUUGAAGGGAAAGGUCCUUUGUCGACUUCUCCCAUGGAAGCCAUGAUUUUCUCGCAUUCAAAGAACGGAAGUGCAACAAAGCUUUUUGUUUUAUACACCAAGCCCUAUGACUAUAUGUAUUGUAAUGAGUGUAGCUUAAGUAAUAAAACAUGCGAUGAUGUUUUCGAUCCAAAAUCGAACAAAAUGGCAUUUAAUGUUUACCCGCUUGUACUUAAACCCAAAAGUCGUGGUUACGUUCGCCUGCGCGACAAUAGUCCAUUUUCUGAUCCACUGAUUGACUUCAACUACUUUUCUCAACCCGACGAUUUUGAUAAUUUAUUGGAAAGUGUAAAAGAAACUAUAAAUAUAAUGAAGCAACCAGCUUUAAAAUCUCUUGAUAUAAAAAUAGUCAAAAAUAAACUACCUGCCUGUGAAAAAUAUGAAUUUGGAUCGGAUGAUUAUUGGAAAUGUCAAAUCUAUGAAAUACCUGGAACAUUUAAUCACGCAUGUGGUACAUGCAAAAUGGGACCGGAAGAUGAUUCUUCUUCUGUUGUUGAUUCUGAGCUACGAGUGCAUGGUGUAAAUAGAUUACGUGUUAUUGAUUCAAGUGUAAUUCCAGAAAUAAUUAAUGGACGCCCUAAUGGACCCACUACUAUGAUUGCAGAAAAAGGUGCUGAUUUAAUAAAAAGUUUCUGGAAUAAAGAAAGCAUCCUGUAAUGUCCCCUUUAUUACUAUGUAUCAUUUACUAAAACUUAAACUUUAUGAGGCUUGUAUUUUGAUGUAUAAUAAAGCAAUCAAUAUGUGUGUUUUUAUAUCAA